AGGAAAAUUCAUGGCAUUUACUAGUCACAACCACAAACAUCCCACCAUCUCCAAGAUAAUGUGGACCCAUUAUCAUUUUAUCAACUAACCAUGAGCAUCCCAUCUAGCCGUUGAUCAAAGAUGAUCGACAUCCAAUUGCAUAUGAUUCAGCCACCUCCAAUUAUAUGGCUCCCCUGAUGCUUCCAUGUCCUCGGCUUUAUCCAUUACACCAGAUUGAUGACACCUCCCAGAUUCAGGCCAGAUACAACUGAGCCAUCAGAACCCACCCUUUACUCACUUUGUCCAUAUAAACCCACCAUCACCCAUCCCUUCAAUCCCCACAGCUUUAGUUACAUAGCUUUUCUCCUUCUCAACUUAGUUACAUAGCUUUUCUUGGUGACCAUGUUGGAAGGCAAAGCCAUAGUUGGUGAGACUGACAUGCUUCAGACAGUGCAGCAAGAUGCCCUUCAUUUGGCUGCAAAGGCUCUUGAUCUCUUUGAUGUCACGGAGUCUACUGAGAUAGCUCGAUUCAUAAAGAAGGACUUCGACAAGACGCACGGACCUGGAUGGCAAUGCAUAGUGGGGACAGAUUUUGGUUCAUUUGUGACACACUGCCAUGGCUGCUUCAUCUACUUUGGCAUUGGCAGUCUUUCAAUAAUGCUUUUCAGGGGUGUCGUAAAUCAAGCGGAUGAAGCAAAGUUUCCAAUCUUGGAGACUGUAAAUGCAUAAGUGUUGUUUCUUAUAUCCUUUAGGCUUUCCCAUUCUUCCUGGGUUGUAUUAAAAAAAGAAACUGUAGUUGAAGAACAAAUUUCAAGUCUCGCCAGUC